AUGGCUGAGAAAGAGGGUUCCGCUGUGCCACCGCAGGCAAAAAGCUCCUGGACGAGCUUUCUCAAGUCCAUCGCAUCCUUCAAUGGCGACCUCUCUACUAUGACGGCGCCUGCUUUUAUCCUCUCGACCAAGUCCCUCACCGAAUUCUCGUCUUACUGGACCGAACACCCUUCCGUCUUUGUCGCACCAGCCGCCGAGAAGGACCCUGCCAAGCGCGCUGUGCUGGUGUUGAAGUGGUUUCUGAGCACAUUGAAGCAGCAAUACGCUAGUCGGUCGGAAAAGCUGGGGAGCGAGAAGAAGCCUCUCAAUCCAUUUUUGGGCGAGCUGUUCCUCGGGAAAUGGGAGGAUGAGGCAGGCACAACGCACCUUGUGAGUGAGCAAGUUAGUCACCACCCACCAGUCACCGCCUACUCCAUCUGGAACGACAAGCAUGGCGUCCGGCUCGAGGGCUACAAUGCGCAAAAGGCGUCAUUCAAGACCACCAUCAAUGUCAAGCAAAUCGGCCAUGCCAUGCUUCACCUUGACGCGUACAAUGAGAGCUAUCUCAUCACCCUUCCUGCCCUACACAUCGAAGGCCUUAUCACAGGCUCGCCAUAUGUUGAGCUUAACGGCUGCACCUACAUCCAGUCUUCUACCGGAUACACUGCGCGCAUCGACUAUAGCGGCAAGGGCUGGGUCUCGGGAAAGAAGAACUCUUUCACCGCCGUACUUUACCCCGAGGGCAAGGAGAAGGAAACCAUCUACAAACUAGACGGUCAAUGGUCCGAUGCUUUCCAGAUCAGGGACGCCAAGACAAAGGCCGUCGUGGACACGUUCGAUCACAAGUCCACCAAGACGACUCCACUCACUGUCGCCCCAAUUGAGGAGCAAGACGACUUCGAGACGAGGCGUGCCUGGAAGAAGGUGUCUGACGCCAUCAACAGUGGCAACAUGGAUCUGACCUCGUCCGAGAAGACAAUCAUUGAGACCCGCCAACGGGAGAUGAGACAAGAGGAAAAAGACGAGGGUCGCGAGUGGGAACGCAAGUUCUUCUCUCGCGCCAAAGAAUACCCACAGUUUGAGCAGUUGGCGACUAAGAUUGGCGAGAGCAUCAACGACGGCCAAACGAACGGUGUGUGGACUUUCGACAAACAGAAGGCGACCACUGCCAAGUCGCCUUACCACCCGACUGUUGUUCCCCCAAUCUACGAACGCAAGUGA